CUCGUCAAGUUGCGACCUAUAGGUUAGCGCUUGUGGGUAUUCUGAACUCUGACAUCUGCCAGUCUUUUGGUCGUCUGCAAUUCGUUUCGAACAUACGUAUGUUUUGCCUCGCCUCAUACUUUGAUCAGUUCUGUGUUUUUCUCGGGGAAUGAGAGUCUAUGUGUGAAACAUUACAACCUUGCUAAAAACAGGUCUAAACGGCAUACGGUCUUCCGUAUCCCUCAGGCUGCGUUAUUGAGUUACUUAUCUUGUCGCGAUCCAUCGCAGAUUCAGACAUUCAGUAUGGCAACAAGGCAUCUACAAGAGGAGCUGCUCGCUUCAUCCGAUCCUAUUAGUGUGCCUACGAGGUAUGGUCCUGUAACGGGAGGACGUGCUCUCAAUGGAGCGAGAGUGUUCUUAGAGGUACCAUACGGCAUACCACCAAAGCGAUUUCAGGAUCCUGAACCACUUCCUGAAGAUUACCAUUACGAGGCCAAGGAGUUUAUAUACGAGAGUGCAUGUGCGUGUCACCAUGGUUUCGACAAUAUAUCAAUUCUUCUGCCAUCCAACAUCAUAUCUUUCCAGAUGCCGUGCAACCGAAUAAUGACGGCCAGGCCGCAAGUGUACCUAUCCAAGACAAGCUGGGCUUCGGGGAAGCAACAGAGAACCCUCUCUUUGUGAACAUUGUCACUCCUCCAAAUAUCUCCACUGAUACGAAGUUUCCCGUUAAAGUGUAUAUACACGGAGGGUUUCUGCAAUUUGGUUCGCCUCACGGCCUGAGCUCCCAAGCUCAAUAUGUGUCAAUACAUCGCUCAGAGGUCUGGGUGAACGUCGGAUACCGCCUUUCCGCCUUCGGUUUUCUUGCGUGCGAUGAACCCAAAGUCGAAGGAAACUUUGGUUUCAAGGAUCAGUGGCUAGCAUUACUAUGGGUCCGGGAUAACAUAGCGGCUUUCGGUGGCGAUCCAGAUGAUAUUCAAAUCAGCGGGCUCUCUGCCGGAGCCCACUCGGUGCACCAACUUCUCCAGCAUGCCUCUCACCUACCAGAGGGCGUAUCCGCUCCAUUUCAGUCUGCGAUCCUACAGUCUAAUUCAAUAGUUAUUGCCCCGAAAACACCCGCCGAAUUACGACCUCAGUUUGAGGCGCUGUGUCGCGCCCUCGGGCUGGAUCCAUCUUCUCCUGAUGUCCUCACCAAACUUCGCGACCCCGAUAUAACGCCGUGGUCAACAAUCACUCAAGCCAUCGAAACUGACGCUCUAGGUAUCCAAUUUGGUACCUUCCGAGGAUGUCUGGACGGUGACUGGCUUCCCUCUGACCCUAUGGAAUGGCAACGUUCUGGCAACUUCGCUCGUUCAUUGAAAAAGAAAGGUGUUCGCAGUAUUGUUGUCGGUGACUUAACAGAGGAAUGGUACCUCUACUCCAUCGCCCAUCCAGUCAGCAGUAUGAAGGACAUCGAGCUGAACCUGGAAAGAUAUUAUCAGGACGAGAUGGUCAAGAAGGUUAUGGGGUUGUACAGGACUAUCCCAAAGGAUGCUCCUGUCCCAGAGUUUAAGAAACUUUUCGGUGAGAUUCUGAGCGAAGGACAAGUACACCUACCUGUGCGGAUCCUUGCUAGGGAUCUGGUCAAUGGUGGGUUCCCUGUACUGCGAUAUGAAAUACAGUGGACGCCCGAGCAACAUCGACCUUUCGGUUUUGUCACUCAUGCGACCGAUCGCACACUAUGGGCACUUCGGAUUCCUUCACUAGAGCCGGAUCAGAGAAAGGUUGCUGUUGCUUGGCUGGAUAUCAUUGCUGCCGAGGUAAAGAAGCUGGAGCAGGGACAGGAGCCAUCGCGACGUUCAGUCAAGGAUAUACUGGCGUUGAAGGCGGAUCGUUCGAUUGGAUGGAUAACUGAUGGGAAAUGGGAUGAGAUCAUGAAACUUGCUACGGUUCUUCCCGGUGAGUCAGCCUGAGUGGUAGAGGCUGAAUGUAUGCACUGUAUGUACGGUACUCGUGAAUGCUGUAUCUUGGAUGCUAGAAUUCAUUCUAGUUUCAACAUGGCUAUUCAUCUCCUCAAGUAGUUUGAGACAAGAAUAGAUGGGCCUCAACUCCCAAUAAAAGAAGGCGUCGAGAACAGAUUCUUCACCUGGGUACGAAGAAUCUGGUCUGGAUACUUCCCAACUGAUCCUCGCAGCGGAAGAAGGCCUCAGGUGAUUGGUAGAAGCGAGUCUCGUGGAGCAUAAUAAUAUCAUAUCGUAUUG